AAAUCGAGCUCGAUUGUUGAUUUUUGCAAAAUUUAAUUGAAACUCAAUGAAAAACUAGUUUUUCUCCUUUGACAUCCCCUUUUUCGGCUUCAGCGAUGGCUCAACCUCACGUACAAAAGGUUCGAUUGUUAUAUAAAACUAUCUUAAGACUUCACAGAGGUUUACCGCCGGAAUUGCAAGUUCUUGGUAAUGAAUACACCCGCGAAGAGUUCAAACGACACAAAAACUGCUCCCCGAUGGAAGCACAGACCUUUAUGAGCACCUGGGCUGGUUACGCGAUAGAUUUGGCAGGGCAAUUAGGCAUCAGAGGAAAACCUCCCACGGGGAAAAUCGGAAAAGAAAUCGAUCCAGAGCUUCUUGAGAACAUGCGAGAUGAGCAAGUUGCACAAUUAUAUGAACUGCUGAAAGCUUCAAAGGGCUUAGAUGAGAGUGAAGAUUUAAUUGACACGAAAAAUCCGAAGAGCUAG